AAAAAAACAACGCAGAAAAUAACGUUCUAGUUGAUACGAGAUUUCUAUCAGUGACAACUUCCGGUUCUUUACCGUUUAAAAUUACUAGCAUGUAGGAUACAGCCGUAUACCCCACAAUUUCAAGCUUAGGUGUAGAUACCACAGCUCUGUACGCUACUUGUUUACUUCAGAAAUGAGAGGACAGGACUGACAGACUGUAUUAAAAGCGAUGUCAAAUGCUGCACGAUUGGUGUUUCUUGUGUUGGUCCAAACAUUCUGGACAUCAUCAACUGCAGUAACGCUAUGUUCCAACCCUCCGCCUGGGAUACAGAAGAUGUUCAGAGGCGCAGACAUCACCAAGUUGGAUCUGAUACCGCUGAAUAUAGGAAGCAAUGGCUUUAAAGGACCUGUCCUCAACUUUACCUGUGACGAAAAGAAGACCUGGACGACUGUAGGAGAUGUAACGUACCAACUACCUGACCAGGUCUGGCAUCUGACGUCACUUCCAGGAGGAUGGUUGUCUGCUAGUGCCAAUCUCUACAAGUCGUAUAACGAAGUCCGCAGGUCAAUGAUGACAGAGGUCGGUGCUGAAGGCAACAUUUGGGACUUUGCCUUCUCCGCCAGUGCGUCUUUCAAAGAUAUGCAGAACACUAUCACCAACAAUUCCAGAUAUAUUUCGGAUGUGGGUGCCUUCGAGUCUGCCACCAGAGCUGAUUUAGUUCCAAAGUGGGUUUUAGGUUUUGACAGAUACGUUCAGAUGUUUAUUGAUGCACAGCUUACGGGGACUUUUGACAGCAACCCAAAUGCUUACAACGAAUUCAUUGAAAUGUUCGGAACUCAUUACUUCAAUACGGCAAACUUCGGUGGCUAUAUCCGGGUUGUCAUGGAGACGAAGACCAAUUACUUUAGCUCCAGAUCUGACUACGAAGUCAAAGCCAAUGCCAAAGCGUCUUACUUAAAGGUCAUAUCCGCUAAGGGUGGUCACGUGUCUGAAAAGGUUAAUGUGGAUGAGAGCUUCACGCGCUCAACCACACAGACAGUCAGGUACUAUGGUGGUAAUACAAACCUCUUGACCCAAAAUGGAAUCUCCGAGUGGCAGCCUUCUGUGAGCAAAGACCCCUGGCUCUUUUCUGGAGAGCUGAAGCCUUUAAGUGGUUUGAUCUCAGACAGCAACAAAAGAAGCUCCAUGGAGAAAGCUGUGGAGAACUACGUCCUGCGGUACUAUCUGGAUGAGUUGGAAAGGUUAAUGGCUUCUGCAAGAAAGAUCUCCAGCGAUAACAUUCUGAGGUGUCUUCAAACCAGACUUACAGCAUUGAAGGGUUUGGAUGUUCUCGUGAUGGGAGAUGUUAAGUCGCUUGGUAGAGAAAUAGAGAGUCACAUUAUAGUUCCGACCUGGUUUAAGACUGCGACGAAGCUUUGCUAUAAUUGGUGGGCUGAUGGAGAUGUUAUACAAUGCGGAGGCGGAGCUAAAAACUUACUCUGCGCCACCCCCAACAGUAUGACUCCAGUUUACAAAGACGACACUGAUGGCAGAGGCGGCGGAUGUAGAAUGCAGUGGGGGAUACACUCAACUGGAUACCCUUCCUGGUUUAACGAUGUCCGAAUCUGUUAUCGUUGGUACGCCAACGGCGACGGUGGUCAGUGCGGUGGUGGGGCAGCGAAAUCGCUCUGCGCCGGCGUCAACGAGUUCUCGCCGAAUUACCGCGACAAUUCCGACGGCAGACCAGGAGGCUGCAGAAUGUCCUGGAAGAUUGAAGUACCGUCUAGUGCGCCGCUGUGGAUGAGAACAACCAAGAUGUGCUUCUCCUGGUAUCCAGACGGUGACGCAGGCCAGUGCGGGGAAGUAUCUUCCAGAGAUCUCUGCGCUAAGGUGAACGAGUGGACGGAAUAUUACCUUGACGACACAGACGAACGUGUAGGAGGCUGCAGAAUGAGCUGGGGUUUGAAAACCGUUUUUUAAUUACAUUUUUUAAAGAAUACUUUGGAGUGUUUAAGCAAAUUAUUUCAUUAGUGAGAGUACAAAAGCUUUAAACAUAUCUAGUUGUUGUUUUUUUUUUUUGCAUCCGGUGUAAGGAAUAUCGGUCAGCUGUGCAAUUGUAGGAAAUUGUUCUAUACACCACAAUGAAAGGUAUAUGCAUUCUUUACAGAAAUCAUCUCUGUUCCAGCCCAGCGAUACUUGAUAUAAAUAUUCUACAUAGCUAAACCCACCGCCACCAAUGGGGAGGUGGGGGGGGCAAAAGUUUUAUUAAAGGUUUGUAUUAGGUAUGUCUGUAACAUUUAGAACUAAAGCGGACAACGCCGUGAACCUUUUCUUGUACAAUGUAAAAUAACAUUUUAUGUUCUUGUUAGAAAGUAAAUUCUCUUACCUUUGACAAAAACGAAUUAUGAUUUUGUUUGCAACAAUGAGGUUUUAGCGUUUUAUGUGGCACAGACAUUUUUUUUAACGAUGAUGUAAUUGUAUAUUUUUAAAUAAAUAGAAUUUUUUACUUUUUUAAAAUGGUGCCUUAAAUAGCCUCAUCGCUUCUCUAUAUUUAUUUCUCUUCUUUAAUUCUAUUUCAGUAUUUAAUUGCUUCAACAGAUGCAAACAUGGAGAAAAAUUACUUGAUUUUUAAUAAUGCCAUAAAAACAUUUGCACACCAAUGGAAAUAAAUAUUUUCUUUGUCUUCGAG